UUCCGUUGCUGACAAGCACAGCCGUCGACCGGCAACACGACCAAGGGUCGGCCUGUCAAUUAUCAGUAUGGUUGUUGCGUCCUUAACAGAGAGAUGUAAAAAUCAAUCACCUUGCCUUUUCUACCAUUGAUAUGUACUAGGCAAUUGGUCGAUAGUAUAAAACGCUUCCAGUGUGUCUGCCUGCCCGCAUGAUCAGGAAGCUGCCACCAUCAGCAGCCCAAGCCCUGGCUUACACGAUGAGUAGCUAAGUUUAUGGGAACCAGAUGUGAAGGCGAAUAGCGUCAGCUGUGGGUCCAUUCAUGCUGCAUUCUGCCUCCCUGUCCUCCAGGCCUUCCUCACAGCACACAUGUGUGAGUUCCAACGCUAAUUUCACUGGGAUGUGUGCUCGUGUGUACUAAACUUUCAUAAUAUAUUUGUGCUUGAUCUGGAUGGAAAUAGAAGCCUUAAACUGUAUGUGUGUGCAAAGUCGACGAGUGAUUUGAAGUUGAGGUUAUGUCCACAGAGACGAUGACGUCACACGGAUGUCAUGACCCCAUGUCGAUGAUGGGUAUUCCCCACCCCGCAGUGAUCGGGUUGCCUUACAACCAGGCGAGCAUGGUACUAGCCGGCUACAGAGACUGCGCCGCCCAGGCCAUCAGCUACCUUGUGGAGGUAGAGCACAUGUCUAUAGACGAUCCAUUUGUUGUUGGGUUGCGCAAUCACCUCCAGGAAUAUCAAAAAUCCCUGGAUUUUGGACAACUUUUACGACAUCAGUUUGACGUUACGAUGACGUCAGCACCACAACACGAACAUUCAUUGGACGAUUCUGGUAUUUCGGAAAGUGACAACAGUAUCGAACACACCCAUUUGACAUCAUUACAGACUGCAGAUAUAACACAAUUUGUGUCAAAUGGGACUCAGGACAACCGAAGUAUAGACAUUGGAGACGGAGAGGCGUUGAACCUCCAUGCUUUACAAAACAGUACCCCGGCGAUUUCCGCUCUCGCUCAAGAACUUUUAUACCUUCUAGAGGAGGAGGAAGCGGAAGUGAUGUCAGAGUCUGAAACUGAGGAGGACGUUAUAGAGCAAUGAACAUAGUUAGUGUGAGUGUUUGUGUGAGUGUAAUACAUAGAGUUUUAGUGAACAAAGAACCUGUCACCACUUAUUUACAUCGCGGCUACUGUGUGAAGAUUUCUUAUUGUGAGUGUUGAUAUUCAUUCAAAUAUUCAGACAUGUUUUAUAAACAUGUCUAUGAAUACAUUUAGAGGGAAAGAGAUGGAGAGAGAUUGGCGUUGAAUUCUAGAAAGUAGUCCUUCCUCGUCCAGUAGUUUUGGAGCGAGUCUUUCCAGCUUCUGAUCUAUAGGAUUCCUGGAAGCGAAAUUCAUGUACCACAUGCGCUACCCGUAUGUAAACAUUGGCUGAUGCAUGACCCGGAUGAUCCGGGGUCAUCCUCUACUAUCCAGGGUCCAUUGGACUCCGCAUACUUCCUUGUCAAUCUUUCAUCAGCAUUGUCAUUCCUUACCAUCACUUUAUUGUGUGGAGUGACAAUUUUGGCUAGCUAUUGACUCUGUUGUAUGCUGUGUAUUGUACCCUAGGUAACGGUAUCGUAACCUAUGCCUCAUUCUUUGUUCAAUCCAACGUCUAGCGGUAAACGUAUAUAUAUGAUUUAAGAUAUGUCUCUGAUAGCGCUCUAUACUAGUACAUGGUCUGUAGGCUGAAUAUUAAUAACCAGUUCCUUUAGAUUUCAUCACAAAAAGUAUUAUUUAUAUUGAAAUUGAAACAACGCAUAUGUACGUUGUAUAUCAAUGCAUAUACGUGCUUCGUCUGAAUCACAUGACAGUCUGUUUCAAAUUAGGAAUAAUGGAAAAAAAACUAGAUAUUGCAAGGAAAAUGUCGAUAUUCACUUUCACUUAGAGCAGCUAUGUGUACUUUUUAUCAUGCUAUUUAUCUAUUUACAUCCCGAGUGUGUUCAAAAUAAUAUUUUCAUGAAAAUCGUGUUAUGCUAUACGUAAACUACCACUAAUACCGGUAAAUGAUGGACUAUCCUACACAGACAAAAUGUUCACGUACAUGUUCACAGUGACCGUUUUAAUCACGUUCAGGACUGACAUUGUGUAAAAUUUAACUAAUUAUUUAUUAAUGGCUUAAAUUUGCUUCGAAAGUAAAUUAAGUUUAACGUAUUUUCAUUAUAUGGUGCUGUCUCCCUCAUUUUUAAUAUAAACAUUUGUUGUUUUUUGUGCAUAAUUAAUUUAUAUUUAAUCAUUUUGUACAUUUACCUUUUUGCUUAAUGUCAGAUGUCUUGGUCAGAAUUGUAUUCUCAGCUGGCAUUUGGCUGAUUCAUAAGAAUUAUCAAGAAAAUAAACUCUAGUUUUAAAAACUGA